AUGCGUAUAUUAUUCAGCAGAUUCGGUACUCCACAGACUCUGGUGACCGAUAACGGUACUCCGUUUAACAGCGCAGAGUUCAAACAAUUCGUCCAGAGAAAUGACAUACGUCAUGUCAGAACUGUCCCUUACCAUCCAGCCUCCAAUGGGCUGGCGGAACGAGCCGUUCAAACCGUCGAACAAGGUUUACUGAAACAACAAUCAGGAACGAUAAGGACCCAAUUGGCGAGGUUCUCAUUGUCAUAUCACACAACCCCAACAGAAAGCAUGGGAAAACGUCCGGCGAAACUAAUGUUUGGACGUAAACUACGAACGAGACUGAGUCUCGUUUCUCGAGAACCAAGAGCUGAUAUCAUGGAAAAACAAGGAAAAAUGAAAGAUAGAUAUGAGGAUUCAGCCAAACACAGGAAAUUUGAAGAAGACGACCUAGUGUACACGAAAUUACCACGUGAGCCAUCUUGGGAGAAAGCUACGUACUCUGGACUACACGUGUUCUGUGUCUUGUUCUCCGGGCUAACUACGGGUUAG